AUGACGCUUUCAUUGUCUCAUGCUACGUCAAAAUUUUUUAUAUUUUAUCUCCUUUUUUUAAAUUUGUCCAUUGCGUCGAUGCUUGCAGUUGACUAUGAAAAUGCACUUGUAAUAGGACAUCGUGGUUGUGGCUCAAAUAGCGCUACAAGCAUCCAUAACUGCUUUGAAAACACGAUAGAAUCGUUUUCAACGGCGCACAGCAUCGGUGCUGAUGCGAUAGAAUUCGACGUGCAUAUCACGAGAGACUACGUGCCCGUAAUCUUCCACAACUUCUGCAUUCCAAUCGAAGGAAAGAACGUGUUCAUACAGGAUUUGACAUACGCAGAGUUUCUGCGCGCUGGGAAGGAAUUUGUGGGUCGAGAGCGACCGCACUUGGACAUUAGCGAUCAUAGAAAUGUGCCUGGAACAUUAGAAGAACUUUUUGAACAUCUGAAUGGCAACCUCAUGUUCAACCUGGAGUUGAAGUAUCCAUUAGAAAACGAAAUGAAGGAGCACAAUAUAUCCAAGACCAUACCACGCGAAAUAUUUAUACAGCACGUGAUGCAAGUGGUGUACAAAUACAGGAGCAGGAAGGUCUUCUUUUCCUCAUUUGAUAUCAAUCUGCUUAUCACACUUAAGCAUUAUGACACCUCUGCUCAUAUUUUCUUCCUCAAGGACUUCGUUUACAAUGGUAAUCUAAGUGACUUCGUACCACUAUUUAACCAAGAGCUGAGAAUGUGUAUGCUAAACGGUAUAGACGGCAUUGUGUUCGGUUUGAGCACCCUGAAUGGUGAUCUGGGUAUGCUGUUCAAUUUCAUACGGAGCCUUAACCUGCGAAUCAUGCUGUACGGUAAGAGGUUGAGAGACAUAAAUUUGGUAAGACAAUUGAAUGAUUUGCAUGUCGUAGAUGGAUUUAUUGUUGAUGAUGUGCCAAGCGUAGCAGAAAUCUUCAAAAGAAUUUAUUAAAAUGUUUUGGUGGUGAA